UGUAUAAUCGAUAAAAAAUUGCUCCUCGAAGAGGUUAUAAAAAUGUGAGAGUUUUAUGUCUCAAAAUAAUUAUUAAGAUAAAGUGAGAUAUAAGCCGUAAGAAUGUUGUACGACGAUUUUAAACCCAUCGUUGACUUAGUUUUGAAUAACUGGACAGCGUUACAACUGGCUGUCGAACAUGGGAUGGGGGCACCUGGGGGUGAAAAGACUGCGCAACUGAUGGCAGUGUACAUAGCAAGAUACUGCGUUGAGAAUGUAGUGGACAGAGAUGAACUCGCUGAAGUUAUUGAAGAUCUCAUGGACGAGGAGUUUGAGACUGUCUGUCAUGAUGACUCGCCCAGAGAAAUAGCAAUUCUACUACUACAGUUUCUAACACUACUUAAAGAAGGUCGACAUGAUGAACUCCGAGCUAGGCUGGAUGCAAUGCCAAAAUGUCAGAAAUGGUUGAGCCAACCGAUACACGAAUCAGUACCUCCACAAUGCCAUGGCAAUCCUGAUGAUGACUCAACAUGCAGUAGUGAUGAUGACGAUGAUGACGUGCCUGACAAUAAUAUGAACGGGGCAGCUGCCUCUUCAUCUAAACCAAAACAAGAACCAGAGCCAAUGGAUGAAGACGGCGACCCUGGAUGGACAGUAGUGAGAUCAAGGAGAAGACAUUAAAAUACGUGUUUUAAAAUUUUAUAGGCAAAAUUUUGUUCACAUUUGAGCUACUAUGAUUGAAAACAUAUCUAGUUCAUACAUACUAUUUAAAAUUAUUAGUAUUGUAUACCAUACAUAACUAUUUUUAUACAUGUCAGAUAAAAAUUAGUAUUGUAUACCAUAUACAACUAUUUUUAUACAUGUCAGAUAAUUUUCGUAUCUAUUGCAUUUGUAAUAAGAUGCAGAGUGUAUUUUCAAUAGCAUUAGAUAAAAAAAAUGAAGUUCACAUUAUAAAGAUUUUAAUACUUUGUAAUAGGGUAGAUGCCAAAUUUUUAU